AUGAACCAAGCCUUCUGGAAAACCUACAAGUCCAAAGUGCUACAGACCCUGAGUGGGGAAUCUGAUGAGGACCUGGCAGAGGAGAGGGAGAGCCCAGCAUUAGUGGAACCUGAGACAGCAGAACCUGCUGAAGAGGCCUUCAGUCCCAUGUCACAGCUGGCCCGCAGGGUUCAAGGUGUUGGGGUGAAAGGUUGGCUGACAAUGUCAUCUCUGUUCAACAAAGAAGAUGAGGACAAGCUGCUACCACCAGAGUCCUGUGCUGACCACCCGCUGGCGGCGCGGCCCGCCCCGCAGGCAGCAGAGGUGCCGGAGGCCGAGGCUCGCGGGCCGGGCUUCUGGGACGCGUUCGCCAGUAGGUGGCAACAGCAGCAGCAGGCGGCGGCGUCCAUGUUGCGCGGCGCCGAGCCAGCGGCCGAGCGGGACCCCGAAGGGAGCGAGGCGGCGGCGGCGGCGGCGGAGGCGGCUGCGGAGCACCAGGAGCCGCGGGAGGCCGACCCCGCCGCCGGCUUCAAGUGGGGCUUCCUCACCCACAAACUGGCCGAGAUGAGGGUGAAGGCUGCACCCAAGGGCGACUAGCGGGCCACCGGCGGAACUGGGCACCCUUCCCCCCGUAAAACACCUUGGCCCACA